AUGUGCUGAAAAGCCCAUACAUUGUAUAUUAUUGAUUCAACAUUAGGGAAUUAGCUUUUCUCUGGAAACAGAAAGUGAAAAUUACUGACAUUCACUGUCGUAGAGGAGAAAUGGCGCAGCAAGUGAGUCUGAGUCGGGAAAAAUGUAGCUGUUCGAUCCGUCUGGAUAUUCUAAAGGAUCCGGUAACUUCCCUGUGUGGGCAUAGUUAUUGCAUGAGAUGUAUUAAAGACUGCUGGGGUAAGGAGAAUGAGGAGAAAACCUACAGCUGCCCGCAGUGCAGGCAGAGCUUCACACCGAGGCGCAUGGUGAAAAGUACCAGGCUUGCAGAGCUAGUGGAGGAACUGAAGAAAAUAGGGCUUCAAGAUGCUUCACCUGAUCUUUCCAUUGCAAAACCUGCAGAUGUGGUCUGUGAUUUCUGCUCCGGGGUGAAGCUGAAAGCCUUCAAGUCCUGUCUGGUGUGUAUGGCCUCUUUCUGUGAGCAACACCUCCAACCUCACUUUGAUGUAGCUCCAUUAAAGAAACACAAGUUGGUUGCAGCCUCCUCAAAGCUUCAGGAGAACAUCUGCUCUCGUCAUGACGAGGUGAUGAAGAUUUUCUGCCGCACUGAUCAGCAGUGCAUCUGUUAUCUCUGCUCCAUGGAUGACCACAAAGGCCAUGACCAGUGGU